UAAGCUUCCCAACUGAUUGUGGGACAGACUGGCCCACUUAUCAAUCAUUUAAACGCGGAUAUAUUCUGUUCUCAGCAUCAACAUGUCCGGUUGCUGUGUAAACGGUUGUACGAAUCGCUAUUCCACCGGCGGACUAAAGUUUCAUAGGAUUCCUAAAGGAUCGCACCCAUUUCAGAGCAACAGACGGCGGCUGUGGCUGCAGGCGAUUAAACGUGUGGACUGGAAUGAGGACAGAAUCAAAAAUGCUCGUGUCUGUAGCGCCCACUUUAUAUCAGGUGAGAUGUCAUUGGACUCCAGUAGUCCUGAUUUUGUGCCAUCUGUGUUUCCAGACCCAAAACAAAGCCAGAACCCAGGUGGAAAGAUGGACAGAAAACAUAAAAUGGAUGAGGCAAGUAUUAAGCGUCAACGCGAAUGCAAGAGGAAAUGGGCACCGGCAAACUAUGCUCUGAAGAAGAAAAACAAAUGUGAAGUGCCGUCCUUUUCUUCUGACCGUGGUGAAGAUUCCAGUGUUGAGGAUGUACUAGAACAACCACUUUUGGACUCUGGAGAACAACCGUUAAAUGUGAAUACAAGUGAAUUUAGUGGCAUAAACACUGGUAUUGUCAAAAUGGACAAAAAUGACUCCAUUUGCGAUGCUGACUCAGAGGACAAGAAUUCAAGUGUGGAUGUUGAGUUGGAGGACAAUAGUGCAAGCUGGAAUUUGAUAGAUGAACAUGAACACCUCAUAUUAUCAAGUUCUGAAAAUGAAUAUGACGGUGAAGAAAGUGAUGACAACAUUUCCUUUUCCGAUGGACUGUCAAAAUGGGUCAAUCAAUUUGAUGUGAAACGUAAUGCUGUUGACAGUCUCCUGAAAUACCUGCAAAAGAAAGGUCAUCCUGGGCUGCCUGCUACAGCCCGUACUCUGUUGAAAACCCCCAGAGCCAGGUUUAUCAUUCAUCUCCAAGAUACAGAGGACCUUGAAGACCUGUUCAGGCCGAGGAGUACAGAUCCACGGCAAAAUACCAGAUCGGACAAUUAUCAGAGAAAGGUUCUGAAGCGCCUAGAUGAAAUUGUGCAGAAUCAGAAGCUUCAGAUGAAACUUUUGAAACAAAUCCUGGCAGAAGGUUCAGCAGCAGGGCCUGAUGUUGAGGUUAUUGAAGACAUGUUGGAGGAUCCUCUAACAUCAACUGAAGAGUUAGACAGGUUCUGUGAAAAGCUGGCAAAUCCAGCUCUAAGGAAGAAAUUGGUGACUUUAUUGAGUGCUGUCGGUGGGCAUGAUGUGGGAGACACCAUCCGAAGGAUGAUGAAAAAGUUGGGAACUUUCCAACUGUGGUCUCAGUUCAACAUGAAAGGAAGGAAGAAGAAGCGGUCAUUUGAGGCCCUGCCACUCAACAGAGUUAUAUAUAAAGCGUGCAGAAAGAUCCACCCAACCUGUAAAGACCACAACAUUGAGCUGCAAGUGGCGGAGACACUGAAGCAUGCCCCAAGCAAGAGGGGUGGAUACCUCUUUCAGGCUCGCGCUGCUGUGGCUGCAACAACUCAGGAGACAACUACUGUACCAACCCACCAUUCAUCUGAUUCGGAAACCAGAGACAGCUGUUAGCUCUUUCACUGCUAGAAUUUCUGUUAUUGAAUACUGGUUCACCAUUAAAUAUUUUCUAGAGCCAGAACAAAAAUAAUGGUUGGCAUGUGUGUAAAUAUUGCAGUCAGUCUUUGUAGGUUUUUGUGCCAUUUUAUGCUAUUUUUUUGUUGUUGUUGUUGAAAUAAAUGCACCGACUAUGCAAAAUAUUGUUGCUUCUUCCAUGUUUUCUGCAUAAUAUUACUCGGGUUUUGUAAGGUAGUAGAAAGGAUGUGAAAAUGUAAGGUGGUGAGAACGUGCCCAUAUGAGUGUGAAAGUAUCCAUUGUGUAGUGGGAAGGUGGUGGGUAUGUCAAGUCAAGUUUAUUUGUAUAGCGCUUUUAACAAUAAACAUUGUCGCAAAGCAG